CCCUCACGCUCUGCGACAAUUUUUUUCAGCUGACCAGUUAUGAUUUGAGGAGAUUUUUAAAGUAUUUUUCACGCGUUUAUCAAUGAAUUAGGAAGUCUUUACUUUUAGGCCAUAGUAAUUCGGAAGAUUGCGUAAGUGAAAGUGUUUAUUUAAGUUCAGAAAUUCUAUAUAGAGUUGAGAUAUGUCUCAGAAAGUGUUUAACACAGUGUUACUACGGACUAGAGGUAGUUGGACAUUUUGCUUGAUUUGUGUAGCUCUCUUGGGGAUGUCUACCGCAAAUAAGGAGAGCAUUUCCAGCCUUGAAGUGACUGAUAAAACAGAAAAUCAGGAAAAAAUGCUACAAAAUCUCAAUAAAACGGUUCAUAUGAAGCAUGCAAUUAUUAGGAUUGAUGGAUUUCGAGUGGAACAGUCUGAGAAAGAGCCACGAGUAUCUGAUAAUGGGAUACCUGAACUUAUGAGUGAUACUCAAGUCCUGCUAAGGAUUUUUGGCACUGGGUUUACGGACAAUAUGGAGAUUGUGCUAACCAGUAAACCCAACCCGUUUGGAGGGCCAUGUCUUGUGACAUCCACUGAGGCUUUUCCCAUAAUACGUGGUUCUGUAACCAACAGAACCGCUCUUGUGCACAUUAUCGUUCCACAUGUUUCGGGAGAUUUGUUUUUCUGUGCUAAAGAAUCUUACAAUGGAACAACUGUUGAGUCAGCAAUUGGAACAGCGCCAUUUGUUCAUCAAGGUAUAUGCGAUUGGUUGCGAUUGAGGACUUAUGAGAAAAUUCUACCUCUUUGGGUAUCCUUGGUCAUCAUCGGUGUAUGCUUGAUGUUUUCUGCUCUCUUUUCUGGGUUAAAUUUGGGUUUAAUGUCAUUAGACCGAACAGAAUUGAAGAUUUUAAGAAAUACAGGAACAGAAAAGGAAAAAGAGUAUGCUAGUAAAAUUCAACCUGUUCGAGAUCAUGGAAAUUACCUUCUGUGCAGCAUUCUCUUAGGAAAUGUUCUAGUAAAUUCUACAUUUACUAUACUCCUCGAUGGAUUAACUUCGGGUUUAAUAGCAGUGAUUUGUUCAACUAUUGCUAUUGUAAUAUUUGGUGAAAUUACACCACAGGCCAUUUGCUCGCGACAUGGUCUAGCUGUUGGUGCCAAGACAAUUUAUAUAACUAGGGCUGUUAUGCUCAUCACAUGGCCACUAUCCUAUCCUACAUCAAAAAUUCUUGAUUUACUACUUGGAGAAGAAAUUGGAAAUGUCUACAAUCGAGAACGCUUGAAAGAGUUAGUAAGGGUGACAAGAGAUAUAAAUGAUUUGGAUAAAGAUGAAGUAAAUAUAAUUUCUGGUGCAUUAGAGCUGAGGAAAAAGACUGUUAGUGAUGUAAUGACACACAUUGAGGAUGCUUUUAUGUUGGAGCUAGGUGCACUACUUGAUUUUGAAACUGUGUCAGAAAUCUUAAAGUCUGGAUUCUCUAGAAUACCAGUAUAUGAGGGUGAACGUGCAAAUAUUGUCACUCUUUUAUAUAUCAAAGAUUUAGCAUUUGUUGAUCCUGAUGACAACACACCAUUAAAAACUCUUUGUGAGUUCUACCAAAAUUCUUGUCAUUUUGUCUUCGAUGAUGUCACACUUGAUGUAAUGUUUAAGCAAUUUAAAGAAGGUAACAAAGGUCACAUGGCAUUUGUACAUCGUGUAAAUAGUGAAGGUGAUGGGGAUCCCUUUUACGAGACAAUUGGUCUUGUGACUUUGGAAGAUGUUAUUGAGGAAAUGAUUCAAGCGGAAAUUAUGGAUGAGACGGAUGUAUAUACAGACAAUAGGACCAAAGUAAGGCGAAAUAAAACUAAGAAGCAAGAUUUUACAGUGUUUGCAGAAAGACGUGAAAAUCAUCGCAUUCGUAUUUCGCCACAGCUUACUUUGGCAACAUUCCAAUAUCUCAGUACAACUGUGGAUGCUUUUAAAUCAGAUUUUGUGUCUGAGACUAUACUACGUCGUCUUCUUAAUCAGGAUAUAAUCAAUCACAUCAAAUGUAAAGGGAAGGACCGCUCUGAUCCUAGUAUUUCGAUCUAUCAACAAGGAAAGGCUGUAGAUUUCUUUGUUCUCAUCUUAGAAGGAAGAGUUGAAGUGACAGUAGGAAAAGAAAAUUUGGUAUUUGAGAGUGGACCCUUUACUUAUUUUGGUACUCAGGCUCUUGUUCAAAACGUUGGAGUUGUGGAUUCACCUCAACAGCAAAUUAUGGGCUCUCUUCAGUCUCUUAACAUGGAUGCGAUGCUCAGACAUACUUUUGUGCCAGAUUAUACAGUGCGAGCAGUGACAGAAGUAGUUUACAUUGCAAUCCGACGAACUUUGUAUUUGGCAGCAAAACGAGCUACAUUAAUGGAACGUUCACAGAAAUACGGGGACCAAAGUAGCGAAGCCAUCGACGAUGAGGUGCAGAAGUUGCUACACUCUUUGGACGAAGAUGAUCGAAGUAUUGGGGCAGAUACUGCCAAUCUAAUGGUUAAUACACCUAAAAUGAGCAGUAAACCACCUAGUAAAUCGCCUUCACCAACUGCUGUCCAAAAAAAUUUACCUGGUAAGACUCCUGUGACAGCAUCAAACAUUGUAAACAAUAUUGUUCUUAAUAAUGGAGGUGCCAGUGCCAGAAGUCACAGUAUACCCAAUCAAAAUUUUAAAUUAAUUGGGAAUGAUCCAACUCAAACACCUCUUCUUCCACGCUCAAAGUCUUAAAAGGAACUCACAUAUGUAUAUAUGUGAGUUCUAUAUAGUUAUAUAGUUAUAUAGUUAUUAUAUAUACUAUAUACUAUAUAUAUAUACUAUAUAGUUAUUUUUUAAUUGAUAUAAAACUGUAUCAUUAUCAUUGUAUAAGUGUUGAUAUUGUUUUUGUUUAGGUACUUAUAUAGGGCAUAAAAGAAAUUUGAACAGUAGAAAAUUAAAUGACAAAUUUUGUAAAACAUAAAAUGUGGUCAGGUUAUAAUUAUUUAUGAUUAGUAAAAUAAUAUUUACUUAAUUCAGGUAAAGUGCCCUCAAGUCGACCGGUUCCUCGACUCGACCGGUUCCUCGAAUUUGCCGGUGGUCAAUAUUUGAAUGUUUGAUGAUGAAUUUCUAUAAAAUUGUCACUGAUUUGUAUUUAUUUAUGAAAUAAUUGACCAAUUAAUAUUAGAUCAUACGCCAAAUAUAGCAAAUAUAAAUUUAAUAAAUAACUUUACUGGUCCUAUUGAGGAACCGGUCGACUGGAGGGCACAUAAGGACAUAAGGAUGUCUAAUAGCGAAAAUUUAAUUUUCUUUAUGCUAUUUACUGAUCAAAUUUGUGUAUUUUUUACUAUUCAAAUUGAAUAAAUUUGCUUUCAAAAGUGACAGCCCUCGUUUACCAACAAAAUAAAAUUGUUAAAAAGCAUAUAUUUUUAUAUAAAUCACUUUAUAUAAAUAGAACGAAUAGAACAAAGUACUUCAAAAUGGCAACGCUUGUGAUGAGAAAAUACCUUAAAAAAGAAAUGGUGAUUUUAAAUAUUUUCGCACCCGUAAUAAGAUAAGUUCAUAAAGCUUUUGUCAAAAAAAAAAAAAUUGAUGUUAUAAAAAGAUUUGGAGUAUUUUAUAUAAAAUCGGUUAUCUUUUUGAAAGAGCAGUUCCAAAUAUAUAUGAGGCCAACUCAUUCUGAGACAUUUUUCAAGAAAUAACAUUUAAGAUGCAAUUGUAUUACCCAAAAUAUGAAUAAAAAUCUAAACCAAAAUGAAACCUUA